AGCCUCUACUCUCAAGAUGAAUUUUCCCAGGGCAUUCUUCUUCUUCUUCGCUUGUUGCUGUGUCGCUUUGAUGGGCGCAACUACUGGUGCUGAUUUACGUGGAGCAAGCUUAAGGUUUACCUAUGGCAACAGUACCUACGAGAUUAACGAAAACCUGGCGGGAUGGGUGCAGGCCAAGAAUGAUUGCAGAUCAAGAGGUAUGGGACUUGUGAGCAUUGAAAGCGCCGAGGAACACUAUGCGAUCCUAGAAUACAUCACUGACUAUACUGGUGGGCGAUUUUGGACGUCCGGCUCUGACAUUGAGCAGGAAGGUGAUUUCUAUUGGGAAGCAACCGGCGCCUUGCUAAGUUACACCAACUGGGCAGCUGGCCAGCCAAACAACUACUUAGAAGGUCACUGCGUCGAGAUAACUGACCAAUAUGCAUACCAGUGGAAUGACGUGACUUGCACCGAUCCAAUAAUGUACAUUUGUGAGAGCCAAUCUUGUGUAGCUUUGCACUGAAUUUCAUUUCUGUGAAGUCACAUUUUGUAUGAAACAUCCUAUUUUAAAAUUAAUGUCAGUCUUGGAACCAAUAAAAUAUAUUA